AUGAAGACUUUCAUUGCUCACUAUGAGGCAGAGAAACUGUCGCUAACAAACAUGCGCGGCGAAACCUGGGAACACCAAACCUACAAGACGGAAGUGAUGGCACAGAUGGAUUCAAAACCAUCAUAUGAAAGUUACCUGCAUAUGCAACAGGUGCUGCUUGACAACCACUACGAGACAGCAAAAAUGACCAACACCAUCCUUGAAAUGCAGGAAAAUAUGACGCCCUUAUCAACAAUCUCAGACAACAAAUCAAGAAACUCCCUGAAGACAAGCAUCCUUAUAAGUAAUAUGCUUAUCUAUUUAGUGAUGUUCUACUGUAAAUAA